CGCUUCUCCUCCCUUCCGGAGCACGGUUGGCCAUGGAUGUAGACUCUAAUGACGGCACAGCAACCGAGUCUCUCAAUGGAGAGACGAAACCAGACCCGGCGAAACUGGCACAAAGUGCCAUCAUCAAGCAGGAUGUUAUGUUAUCAGCGACGAGUACCCAGUCGCCGUUGGCAACGGUGUCAUCUGUGUUCACCAUGCCCACAGUUUCAAAUGUGUCUGUGGCCAAUAACAGUGGCAUUGGAGGUCUGCCUGAUCAGCUGUUCACGUCGGUACCCUCCGUAGGAGAAAACACCACCACACACACUGUUACCGAUAUCAAACCAGAGAUCAAUGGUACAAUAUCAGCCCUUUCCAAUCAACCCCAGCAGUUAUUUAGUCAACCGCAAGUGGCACCACAGUUUUUCAUUGCUGGUCAGCAUUUAACCCAAGGACAAACUACAGGUUCAUCUCUACCAGUCCAACAGCUUCUGAUUCCUGUCUCUACAGGUAAUGGUACACAACAGUUUAUCAGUAUACCAGUGUCGCUAGCAACCGGAGGCAACCAACAGAUACAGUUGCUGACAACGUCCAAUGGACAAAUUAUUGCUACCAACCUCUCCAGUCUUCAGGGUUUGGCACAACCUCUCAAUAUGACUGCCGCUGCUGCUGCUGCUGCUGCCGCCGCCAACACAAAUGCUGCUGCAGGCCCCAUCAAUUCACACACAUCAAACGGUACCACUAGCAAUCAGCAAACAACCAACCAGUUGUUAGCCAAUCAAGUUUCUUCAUUACCUCAACUGCUCACCAAUGCUCAAGGUCAAAUUUUGGCAGUCGGCCCACAGCAAGUGUUAACACCUGUCUCUGUCCCACAUGUGAAUUCGACAACCUCCAACUUGUCUGGCCAACAACCUGUGAACAAUGCCACCACCAAUGGAGGCUGCAACCAUCUCAACCAACAGAACCAGGCACACAGUACUGCUGCUGUUGCUGCUGCUGCCACUGCUAGCAGCAGCAGCAGCAACUGCAGCAGCAAUGGUGUGGGCAACAGCUCAACAAAUGGCAGCAAUAACAGCAUCAUCAUAAGCAGCAGCAGCAGCAGUAGUAGCAGUAGCAAUGGUGGCAGCAGUGGCGGCGGUGGAGGUCACAGUAACAACAGCAGCAGCGUUGGUGGUGGCGGCGGCGGUGGUGGCGGUGGUAGCAGUGGUGGUGGUGGCGGCGGUAGUGGCAGUGGUGGUGGUGGUGGCAGCAACAACAGCAACAGCAACAGCAGCAGUAACAACAACAACAACAGCAACAACAAUAACAAUAAUAGUAGUAGUAUCACAAGCAAUGGCAUCAGUAGCAGCUUGGUGCACAGUGUUGCAGCAAGCAGCAUCAGCAGCAGCAGCACUCUACGAGGAAACAGCAGCAGCAGCAGCAGUGGUAGCAGCAACAACAACAACAGCAGCAGCAACAACAGCAGUAGCACUGGGCCCUUACUGGGAUCAACAGGGACGACCACAACGGGAGUCAGUGCUAGUAACACCAACAACACCACCAGCAGCAGCAACAACAACAACAGCAGCAGUAACAACAACAGCAGCAUCAUCACCAACAGCAGCAGCAGCAGUAACAACAGCAACAACAACAACAGUACACAUCAAGCAAUCAACUCCAGCAGCAUUCAUUCUAACCUCGUUACUGCUGGUGCUGGGAGCUUGGUCGGUCACCCCCAGCAUCAUGCCAUUGCCAAGACGACGGUUUCCCAGCAGCAGCAACAGCAGCAAACAGCCACUCGCAUCACAGUGGCAGCGCAGUCCCUCACUACCCACACAACUACCUCAGAUGGGCUGCCUCCAAAUGUCAGUCAACUUUUACCCAAUACUGUAAGCAAUUCUACUGAAAGCACAACUGUAGAUGGCAUCAACUUAGAUGAGAUCAAAGAGUUUGCUAAACAGUUCAAAAUCCGGCGCUUAUCGUUAGGGCUAACGCAGACCCAAGUCGGACAAGCUUUAAGUGCAACAGAAGGACCAGCCUAUAGCCAAUCAGCCAUUUGCAGGUUUGAAAAACUGGAUAUCACUCCAAAAAGUGCUCAGAAAAUUAAACCGGUUCUCGAACGAUGGAUGGCAGAGGCUGAGGAACGUUACAAAAAUGGGGUGCAAAAUCUGACUGAAUUCAUUGGCAGUGAGCCUUCUAAGAAGCGAAAACGACGCACAUCUUUCACACCACAAGCAUUAGAAAUACUAAAUCAACACUUUGAGAAAAAUACACAUCCAUCAGGUGCUGAGAUGACAGAGCUUUCUGAAAACUUGAACUAUGACCGCGAAGUAAUUCGUGUGUGGUUCUGCAACAAGAGACAAGCGUUGAAGAAUACCAUCAAGAAACUGAAACAAGAAAAUGCUUGAUGGAGAAUAGAGUGUGGUGAGACUAGCGAGGAACAAUUUUAAUUUUUUUUUUUUUUUUUUUUUUAAUUUU